GAUAUCUUCUGUAGAAGCCGUCCGAUGUAGACGUCCUGUUGGGCGUAAAGAGGGAAUUCAUCUCUGGCCUUUCACGGACGAAAACCCGGCGAAGUGAUUCAAAGAGGUGCAGCAUUCAUCCUCGUCGCCUGGGGACUUUUUCCCCAAAGAAACAUACUUCUCGUUGUGUUUUGUCCGUUGUCAUUAGACUCAAGGAGAACACGAGCGACCAUGAGCCCGAGAAUCUUUCUUGCGGUCCAUUCGCCAGCAUGUGAUGGCCUCGUCGCUGUCAGGUCAGCCUUUAUCUGAACGGCGUCUAUGGUUAUCUAUGAGUCCAGUGCACGAUGGAACUGCGAUUUGGCUGGAGCAUAAAUUUGACGUUCCUGUCUCGCGGACGCGUGACUCGCAGAAUACCUUCUCCAUCCCUGCAAUACCCAAGGCUCAUCGCUCGACGUCACGCGGAUCUCUUGAUUUUAUUAUUUUUGAACGGACGCCUCUCGAUGACAUAGAAAAUGAUAUCGAAAAAAAGUACCGCAUACUGGACGAUUGUCCACGUGUACGUGACAUUAUCAAGAAUCUUCCUGCUGCGGAACACUUACGAUUCACUCCAAUUCUGGUGGUUCUGCAAUCGUCAGUGGAGGAGGACCCUGUGCAGGUCAAAAAAUGGGUUAAUCAGGGUGUUCUACGGGAUGGUUCCAGCAUCACGAUACCGUCGACGACAACAGAUUUGGACAGCAAGUUCCAAGAGUCCCUAGGGACUGUGCAGUUCGAUCUGAGUGAUCGGCAUACAGUGACUAUCGGAUGGAGAGAUUUGGUCAAUAACUUCACUGUUCCAUAUGCUGCUGCUGUCGCGGAUCGGCUGGACUCAUGUUGGGUUGACCAGAAGUUGGAUGGAUAUCGACAUGGCGAAAUCGUCAAGGAGCUUCAGGAGGAAGUCGCGCAUUCCAUUUUGAAGGCGAUUGGUCGUGCCAUGGCACCGGCGUCAACAGAUUUCGAAUUGGCGGCUUCAAUAGGCAAAGAUCCAAUCCUUUCUUUGACGAGAUUAUUGAAGAACCUGUGAAUGUCGCGGAGCAGACAGUUGGACUGCAUUCAACUUCCCGCCGCUUGCUACCCAAGGCCCGGCUGGCAGAUGCUGUUGAACAGCUAGAUUCGG